AUGACCAUCACUAACUACACUUCUCUCUUCUUCAUCUGCUUCAUAAUCCCUCUUGUACAUUGCAAUGUUGAAAAACAUUCAGGUCAUUCAACACAGAUUAUGCAUUCUUUCCAUGAAGACAGAAAUGGUUCUAAAUUUUCAUGGCAUGGUUCUUGCACAAACAAAGACAUAAGCAUUUCACAAAGUAGAGAGACUCUAAGGGGAAUUCCUCAAUAUGUAGUGCAAAUUAUGAACACAUGUGUUUCUUCUAAGUGUGCUCCAUAUAAUAUCCAUCUUCAUUGUGGUUGGUUUGCUUCUGCAAGAAUAAUCAACCCGAAAUUGUUCAAGAGACUUUCUUUUGAUGAUUGUUUGGUGAAUGGAGGAAAACCUUUAACCUCUAGUCAAAUUGUUAGAUUCACUUAUUCUAACUCCUUUUUGUAUCCUCUUGCUUUCAAGUCUGCUAAAUUUUGCUGA